AUGUCGGAUCUAGAGAGUCACGAAGAAAUAACUGAACAAAUAGAGAAUUUCGGCAAAGAGGUGGAAUUGAAAUUAGGCAGUACUUUUAGUAAUACAAAAGAUUUAUCAAUAGAUUUAUCUUAUCGCAGACUUGUUUUCGAUAAUGAAGAUGAUUAUAAUAAAAUAGAAUUUUCAAAAACAGCAGAGAUGGAACUAGGUCAAGGCGAAGAAAGUUUUAAGGUUUCAUUUGGUGGAAAGAGGACGUGGACUUUAGAAUGCGUUGACUAUAAUUAUAAUGUUGGCACAGGUGGAGAUUACGGAUCUGAUUUUGAAAUCGAUGAUUAUGAACCUGAAGACAUUGAGGAUGAAUUUAUAGAAGGGUAUAACGGAAAUGUUGAAAAUCCAUUACAACCUUCCGCUCUUGGGGCCAACAAUGCACUCGACGAAGAGAUAAUAAAAAACGAUACAGAAUCCUCAGGUACUUCUUCAUCAGGGAGUAGCUCGUCUUCCGCAUCAGGAUCUGAAUCAGAUAAUGAGGGUUCGGAUUCUACGGGCUCAGAAUUAGGUUCAGAUAACGAUCUCAGAGACUUGGAAGCUCAUUUAGAGGCACAAUUAACUGAAGCACCUAAUGAUGACACAGUGAAAGCUAAUGGAGUAAACCGAAAGACAAAUCCUUCAACUGGAAGACCAGGGGGACCUAUAUCAUUGACAGAAUUAUUUGGUGGAACAGGAAAUGAGCAUGAACAAGAUGACGAAAGUGGAUCAUCAUCGGCGAGCGAUUGA